AUGAGGCCCAGGAGCCCCAAGCUCCAGCUGCUGCAGACCGCAUUCGGCUUUCCAUUCCUGGACUCCAUGGUCCUGGACUCCACAGUUGCGGUUGGAUCAGAAAAGCCAAUGACACUCGCAGGCCUGACCCAGCUGCUCUCUGUAAAUCGUGCUUGGAUGCAGUGUGGUCACAUGCUCUUGUCUGGCUGUCGUCAUGCAGAGGCAGCACAAAUGAGUAAGUGUGGCAGACAGUGUCUGGCCCGCAAACCCAUCGUAACUGCCUGUGGACAUUUGCACUGGCAGAGAAGUGUGGCAGCUGCUCCCUUCCCUGUGGAGGUCACUGCUCCUGAGCCCCUGUACAAGGCGGCCGUUCAGAGGCCUGGGGUCCAGGGAGCUGUGAUUCCACCUGAAGGAGCAGGCGGCCACAUCCCAGAUGUUCUCCCCCCAGUCAGCGAACUCAUCUCUGCUGGCUUUGGUUGCACUCCACACUCACAGCCCUGGCAGGCUGCACUAUUCUUCAACAAGGAUGGGUACUGCUCUGGAGUUCUGGUGCACCCACAGUGGGUUCUGUCAGCUGCACACUGCUGGAGGAGUUCCUACACCAUUGGGCUGGGCCUGCACAGACGUAACCCAAGAAAUGAACCAGGCAGUGUGAUGAUUGAGGCUAAUUUCUCCGUGCAACACCCAAAAUAUAACAGACCUUGGAAUGGUAGUGACAUCAUGCUCAUCAAAUUGAGCAAACCAGUUGAGCAAUCAGACACCAUCCGGACCAUCCCCAUCGCCUCCCAAUGUCCGAGACCAGGAACCAGGUGCUGGAUCUCUGGCUGGGGUCGGCUAUUGAAUGACCAACACCCUGACGUUCUGCAGUGUGUGCUUAUUCCAGUGGUAUCGGAGCAGUCCUGCAGAGAAGCUUACCAGGAAUCCUAUGAUCGUACUAUGUUCUGUGCUGGUGGUGAGGGCCACAAGGACUCUUGCCGCGGAGACUCUGGAGGCCCCCUGGUCUGCCGUGGGGUCCUGCAGGGCCUUGUGUCCUGGGGACACCCUCCCUGUGGCCAACCUGGAAUUCCAGGCAUCUAUACCAAUGUCUGCAAGUUCAAACGGUGGAUAGAGAAAAUUAUCAAGACCAGAUAG